AUGGGAGAACAUUGGGAUCCCUCUGACUACCUACGGUCUGCUCCGGGAAAGAUCGGCUUAGUGCCAACUCAGCGAGCGCUGGGCAGCGGUGCAGCGGACCUCACCAAGGAUCAGUGCAACAAAACGGUGGACAUCUUCGAGGAUGUCAGUUCGCCAGAGGUGAAUAACCUAAAUGUGGGACGGCCGUUAACCUGCUGGUACCGGUUCCGUACGCUAAAGGGGGCACCACGUGACUUUGUGUUGCGGUUGCGUUUUAAAAAAUUUAAAGUUGGCACGCUAUUUAAUGCAACACACUGUGAGGGCGGCUAUUUACAGAUUGUUGAUGGCAAUGCGAAGACGGAUGUUUCCAAUCGCCGUGAGCCAGGCAUGUUUUGUGGCGAGGCGGAGCAGCCACAGACAUUCAUCAGUGAGACGAACUAUGUCAAAGUGCUCUUCCACACGGAUAAUUUUACUGAUCAGACAUAUUUCACAUUUGAUUCGCGUGCUGAGCAACAAACGGAAGUUUAUUUACGUUAUGGCCAACAUCCGGAAUUGUAUCCCAAUCGACGCGGCGAAGUGGUGCAAGGGUCCUACUGUGAGCGCGAGUAUCGCGACUGCAGAUUGCAAACGUGUUACGUGCAAUCGCCCGCAUAUCCUGGCCUAUAUCCGCGUGCAUUAAAUUGUCGUUAUAAAUUGCAUACGCGACAGCCGUACAUAAAAUUGUAUUUGCAGAAUGAACAAUUCGCGGUGGAUGGACAGAGGUGCGAAAACGUCAUGACCUGUCCCAUACGGCCAAUUGGUUCCGGCAAGGAGCACUGCCCCUACGAUUGGCUUGCCGUCUACGAUGGCCGCGAUGAGCAUUCACCACUUAUUGGCAAAUUUUGUGGGCUGGGCAAAUUUCCGUUUAGCAUUAUUGGCACUUCACAAUUCAUGUACGUCGAGUUCGUCACCUCACCCGCGGGCCCACUGCUCAAUACUGGCUUCCACUUCAAUGUUGGCAAUUGGCCCGGUCAUGUCGAGACGGCAGGCAUUAAACAUGGCAUUUGCGAUUGGUUACUCAGCUCGGAUUCGUUGAAGGAUAGCAGCGCUAGUGAGGGUAUAUUUUUGAGUAUUGCCCAUUGGUAUCCACCAAAUACGUCGUGUAGCUAUCACAUCAAAGGGCGAACGGGCGAAAUUGUGCGGCUCUAUUUUCCGAGCUUCCGUAUCAAUCGCAUUGAAUCGCCCAUUCUCAAGUAUGACGGCGACUGUGGCGAAUCACUCACAAUCUACGACUCUGAUCAUCCCGAUCCUGCACGAAUUAUCAAAACCUUUUGUGACACGUUUUCGCGUCCCAUGGAAAAAGUGGACUUCGUGAGCACCAGUCCUUCGCUCUACGUGCAAUUCGACUCGAAAACAGGUUCCUACAGCGGCUCGUCACUCUACUAUUGGGCACACUAUGACUUCUUCAAUAAUACCCGCUUUGGUGAUCCGGUGCCGAAUACGCUCUGCGAUGAGGUUAUGUACGCCUGGAAGCAUCCGGGCGGCAAGAUACGUUCGCCCAUGAACUCGCUGAUCUUCAAACGCACCGGUGGUUCGGAUGUGCGCUGUCAAUAUAAGUUUGUCACCGAUCGUCGGCUGUAUGCGCGCGCUGUCAUCGAAGUCACUUCGGUGUCAUUCAAGGAGUUGCCUUACAACAACAACGCCUGUACGCGUUGUCACGAAGAACGCGUCGACAAGCUGGUGAUUUGGGAGGAGCGCGAGAAGUUCCAGAAUAAUCUCGCCUGCUUCUGCGAUAAUAUACCGCGUGCAGUGCGUGUCAUCUCCUCCGCCGAUCAAAUGAAUCUCGAGAUGAUCGUGCAGGGCCAACAUGCAAUCACGUCCUAUUUCAAGAAUCCCAAUCCACUAUUCGAGGCGUCUUAUGAGUUUGCGCACGGUCCGCUAUGCGGUCCCAUAACAUUGGGGCCCUCGCCCGAUGGUGAAUUGGUGUUUCCCUUCAAAAAAGCAUUGGCGAUGGCGGCGGGCCCAAUGGCCGCCGUGCCUGAGCAUCAUUACCGUCGCGAAAAGUGCAUUUGGGAGCUGAAAGUAGCGGCACAACGCGAUCUGUGGCUGAAUUUGGAGAAAGCGCGUUUUGCUGAUCGCAGUUGUGAUAGCGCCAAAAUUGAAGUAUACCUUGCGGGACGACUGGAACCGCGUUUCAUUAUGUGCCCCGAGAAUAUCUCCUUAGCACGCGAUCUACCCAUACUCUCGGCAGCCGAUUUAGGUGCACUCGGUGCCGAUCAAGAACCACUGCCAGUGCUGAUACAAUAUACCGGCGAUGGGCAGCCGGGCAAGAAUGCCUUCCGUUUGGUCUGGACCGAACUGUUCCAUUUGCCACGCAAUCCCGACGGUAGUUUGGCGUCGUCGUUGCUACAGGACGGCGGCUGCGACUUUCGUUGUCCCGGCGACACAGAGGUCUGCAUACCACGCCACCUGCUUUGCAACGGUGUCGACAAUUGUCCGAACGUGACGCACAUCUCUACGAUGGCUCAACUAACGCGGCACAUUGAGUGGAAUCUGGAGCAACUCGGUCUACUGCAUCGUGCGCACGACUACAAGGAACUUGUGCUAAACGACGAAUCACCAGAGAUAUGCCUGCGUCAGGAGUUGAGCGAAUUGCCCUAUGGCAAGUUGAUAUUGAUUACGCUGGGCCUAAGCUUGAUGCUGACGCUAUUCGUGGCGAUAUUGUGCCGCAUGUGUCGGGGGCCGGGUCAUGCCUAUCACAGCAGAUACUAGAAGUACGAGUGUUGGUUGCAUGGCAAACCGCUUGGCGUGCACGUGUAGCAGUUGUGCGCAGCGGGGCAGGCACUGGUGAGGCACUGUCGGUAGAUGGCGAUGUUGUCGAUGAAGGCAUACCUACUUUGCGCUUGGGCCGCAGUAGUAGUAAACGGCUAUGGAAAAUACAUACAUACAUAUAUUUUUAAUGUGAAAGUAUUAAAUGUUAAGUUUUUGGUUUUCUACACUUAAGUAUUGUACCUUUUUGGAAUACCCACUGAGCGAAAAAUAGUUGCCUGCUAAGUAGUAAAUGAAGAGGGCAUUAAAUGAAUAAAUUAGAAGGUCUAAUUGUAGUUACUCAUUAAGAGUUUAAGCAAACAACUCGAGUUUAGACUUUUGUAUUUGCAUUUCAGUCUUAUUGCAACUGAAGCGAAAAAAGAAUCAAGGAAAAUUACAAAAACAAAAAAAACGAAUUGAUCUAUACCCUUAAAGUGCUAACAGAAAUACUAAAGGACCACUGACAGAACUUGAUGAGUUGUAUUUACUAUGCCUCAAUGUGGACACAUAAACAAAUGUUUUAAGUGUAAGUUUGUGUAAAGGCGUUGAACCCUAAGUAAAAUAAUAAAGUCCAUGAAUAGGAAAUGAACUACUAAACUUUUUUGUUCUAGUCAGGAAGCGCUUUAGUUGUUUUUUUUUUUCGAAAAUAAUCUUGAUGGCUGGAUAUUCCCAACUUUGAGCCUCUGAAAUCAUUAAUUGCGCUGUGCAGCAGUAAAAAUUAUCAACGAGAAUUUGCAAUGCACUUGAAAUUCCAGGUUUUACCCGGAAACGCUGCAUACUCAGUUUUUCAUUUUCUUAUGAAUUUAGUUUGUUAAAGGAUUU